AUGACUUACAUCUUUUUCUGUUAUAGUGCUAUCAAUGGUGUCGCACCAUUCCAAAUCACUGGUGGCACCAUACAACCUUACGACAGUGAAGCAACGUUUAUGGAAAACCUUUACCGUCAAACAGCUGGUCAACAUAAAUCUUUUGAUAAAGCUACCCAUAUAGCCGGAACUAUAACUCCAUUUGGAUUCAAGGAAUAUGUACGUCAUAGAAUUCCAAUGAAACGUGUUGUCAAUGGAGCUUACAUCUGCUACGUUGACCCUUUGAACAAGACUUAUUAUUACACCACCCUCAUUCUUGACGAAUUUCGAUUUAAAAUAUUAAAAAACCUUUUAAUCUAUGAAAUUAUUUCCGGAAAAGCUGCUUAUAUUCACAGUGCUUUAUAUUUUUAUAUGAGCAUGUGUACGUGUGAGGAAGAUUUCAAUCUGAUGAAUGAAUAUGGUGUGAUUCAAUGGGGAUUUCCUUUGAAAGGUUAUUCCGAAUUUCGUGAAAAGAUGGAUGAACUUCUGGAAGUUAUGUAUUGCUGGAAGUUUUCCAAUACUUGGUCAUGGCAUACAGAGAUGGUUAAGAUUGCAAGGUCUAAAGAUAAAAAACAGGACACUUCUAAUUGGAGCGACUAUGUUGCUACUUGUUAUUCUGGUGGAUUAUUAAAGAAAGAGAUUUCUGAAGUAUUCUAUAAAUCACUUGCAACAUAA